GCUCAAUUGCGGCAGUGUUCCACGCAUCGUCAUCUAUGGUUGUCCUCAGGAUAAGAAAUGUGCACAAAAGAAAAUGUGCGCUCAUUUGCCUUUCUGUUGCUGUUGUCAUCACAUACAGAUACCUCGGCAUGCCGACAGCGGGGCAGAGAAUGAGCAGGAAAUUCGGACUGAGUGCCAACUCAUCCCAGUUCACCUUGGAGGGUGAGCCCUUCUGUAUCCUCGGCGGAUCCAUCCACUAUUUUCGCGUGCCCAGGGCCUACUGGAGAGACCGCCUGAUGAAAAUGAAAGCCUGUGGCAUCAACACCCUCACCACAUUUGUGCCGUGGAGUCUUCAUCAGCCACAGAGAGAGGUCUUCAACUUCCGUACACAACUGGAUUUAGAAGCAUAUAUAAAUCUUGCAGCUGAGCUGGGUUUGUGGGUGAUUUUACGUCCAGGGCCCUACAUCUCUUCUGAGCUGGACCUCGGGGGGCUGCCAAGCUGGCUUCUCCAAGAUGGCAACAUGAGAGUGAGAACAACAUACCCUGGAUUCACUAAGGCUGUCAACAUUUUUUUUGACAAACUUAUUCCAAAAGUUGUUCCCUUGCAGUUUAAGAAAGGUGGUCCCAUCAUUGCCGUCCAGGUUGAGAAUGAAUAUGGGUCUUUUGCGAAGGAUGAUACUUACAUGACUUUCGUUAAAGAGGCUUUGCAGUCCAGAGGGAUCAGUGAGCUCCUGCUCACGUCAGACAACCACAACAUGUUUAGGUCGGGGGGUGUAGAUGGAGUCAUGAGAUCAGUGAAGUUGAAGAAACUAAAUCAGAGAGCCAUUCAGGAUCUGAACAUUAUCCAGCCAAACAGACCAACCAUGGUUAUGGAUUACUGGACAGGCUGGUAUGAUGUAUGGGGUGACCUCCACCACGUGCUCCCGCCAGAGGAUAUGGUGUCCACUGUUAGAGAGAUUCUGAAGCGCGGGAUGUCUGUAAACCUCUACAUGUUCCACGGAGGCUCCAGUUUUGGUUUCAUUAGCGGAGGGUUGGCUGAACCUUCCUACAAAGCAUUGGUCCCUAGCUACGAUUAUGACGCGCCCUUGUCCGAAGCUGGAGAGUACACUCAGAAGUACCAUCUCCUCAGAGAUCUAUUCUCUCAAUUCAACAGGGGUGAAGAGUUCCCGGACCUGCCAGUGCUCCAACCUAAGGAAGCAUAUGAACCAGCUAUCAUGUACCAGCACCUGUCCUUAUGGGAUGCUUUAAGCUUUACUGAGGGACCACUUAAGUCAGAUACGCCGGUUAACAUGGAAAAUCUACCAAUGAACAACAAGAAUGGACAGUCCCACGGAUACACACUGUAUGAGACAACAAUUGCCAGUGGAGGCUUAUUGAAGUCAGGAAACAACGUUAAAGAUCGUGCCCUUGUUUUUGUAAACAAAAGUUACAUUGGGCUUUUCAAGCGCCAGAAUUUGGAAUUGGCUGUUCCAGAUGGCAAGGGACCGCGGACGUUAAGUUUAUUGGUGGAAAACUGUGGACGAGUUCACCGUGGAAGGGACCUUGACAAGCAACGUAAAGGUCUUGUAGGGGACAUUUUGCUAAACAAUAUUCCACUCCGGGAGUUCACAAUAUACAGCCUGGAAAUGAAACCCAGCUUUAUUUAUAAUCUCUAUCAGGCUCCUUGGAAAACUCUUGCGGAAAAUCCCAGCUUCCCUUCUUUUUUCAUGGGCCAGCUCUUUCUGUAUAAGUAUCCCAGCGAUACCUUUGUGAAACUGCCGGGCUGGCAGAAGGGUGUUGUGUUUAUCAACGGGAUAAACUUGGGACGCUACUGGUCAAUUGGACCCCAGCAGACUCUUUACCUCCCCGGUCCAUUUCUCAACAGGGGAAUCAAUCAGAUCAUUGUGUUUGAGGAGCAAGAAGGUGACUACAAGGUCAACUUUGAGGACAUGGCAGAUCUUGGCAUGGCAGCUGACAUUCAGUGACUUUCAUCAUCUCCUGUAUGUCUUGUAUGCUGAAUCAAUUAUCAUUAUUAUUAUUAUUUAUUUACUGAUGUACAGUUUGUUUUAAUGAUAUUUGUUGCAGCCAAUAAAUGUAAUUGUUAUUUGUGAA